GGGAGUGCGAGUUUGUUAUUCUUCCUUUUCAAGGCAUCGUUGAUUGUGUUGAUCCCAGUUUUUGUCUGAAGAGCUGGGCUCCAUUCAAUCAUAUUUCACAAAAUGAAGCGGAUCUGGUUGAUUGGGCUGCUCUGUGCACAUUUAGCUUUCGCAUCUGUGAGAGCAGAAGAUGGACUUGACAUUGAUGGGACUGUGGAAGAUGAUCUGGGAAAAAGCAGAGAUGGUUCCAAAACAGAUGAUGAGGUGGUGCAGAGGGAGGAGGAGUCUAUCCAGCUGGACGGGCUGAACGCUGCUCAGAUAAAAGAGAUCAGAGAGAAAUCUGAGAAGCAUGUCUUCCAGGCAGAGGUCAACCGCAUGAUGAAGCUUAUCAUCAACUCACUCUACAAGAACAAGGAGAUCUUCUUGAGGGAGUUGAUAUCCAAUGCCUCUGAUGCUCUGGAUAAGAUCAGAAUGAUGUCUCUGACCAACGAGGAUGCACUGGCAGCCAAUGAGGAGCUCACCAUCAAGAUCAAGAUGGACAAAGAGAAUAACAUGCUCCACAUCACUGACACGGGCAUCGGCAUGACCAAAGAGGACUUGGUCAAGAACCUGGGUACCAUCGCCAAGUCGGGCACCAGCGAGUUCCUCAACAAGAUGACGGAGAUUGAAACCGAGGGCCAGUCCACCUCUGAGCUUAUUGGCCAGUUCGGCGUUGGCUUUUACUCUACCUUCCUGGUUGCCGACAAGGUGAUCGUGUCUUCAAAGCACAACAACGGCACACAGCACAUCUGGGAGUCUGACUCCAAUGAGUUUUCUGUCAUUGAGGACCCUCGCGGGGAUACGCUCGGCAGGGGCACCACCAUCACGUUGGUGAUGAAGGAGGAGGCUACAGACUACCUGGAGCUGGAAACCAUCAAGAACCUGGUCAAGAAAUACUCACAGUUCAUCAACUUCCCCAUCUACAUCUGGGCCAGCAAGACAGAGACUGUUGAGGAGCCCAUCGAGGACAACGAGGUGGAGAAAGAUGACACUGAGGAUGAGGUAGAGGUAGAGGUGGAGGAAGAGGAGGACAAGCCCAAGAAGGUUGAGAAGACAGUGUGGGACUGGGAGCUGAUGAACGACGUCAAGCCUAUCUGGACGAGACCAGCCAAAGAAGUAGAGGAGGAUGAGUACAAAGCCUUCUACAAGACUUUCUCUAAGGACACAGAUGAGCCCCUCUCCCACAUCCACUUCACAGCUGAGGGUGAGGUCACCUUCAAGUCCAUCCUGUUUGUCCCCGUUGCUGCCCCCAGGGGCAUGUUCGACGAGUAUGGAACCAAGAAGAACGACUUCAUCAAGCUCUUUGUCCGUAGAGUCUUCAUCACUGAUGAUUUCAAUGACAUGAUGCCCAAAUACCUGAACUUUGUCAGGGGAGUGGUGGACUCUGAUGAUCUGCCACUGAAUGUGUCAAGAGAAACCCUGCAACAGCACAAGUUGCUCAAAGUCAUCCGUAAGAAGCUGGUGCGUAAGACCCUGGACAUGAUAAAGAAGAUUGCAGAGGAGCAGUACAAUGAGAAGUUCUGGAAGGAGUUUGGUACCAACAUUAAACUGGGUGUGAUCGAGGACCACUCCAACAGGACUCGUCUGGCCAAACUGCUGCGUUUUCAGACCUCCAACAGCGACACGGUGUUGGCCAGCCUGGAGCAGUACGUAGAGAGGAUGAAGGACAAGCAGGACAAGAUCUACUUCAUGGCCGGGACCAGCCGCAGGGAGGCUGAGUCUUCUCCCUUUGUAGAGAGUCUGUUGAAGAAGGGUUAUGAGGUAAUCUACCUGACAGAGCCAGUGGAUGAGUACUGUGUCCAGGCCUUGCCAGAGUUCGAUGGUAAGCGCUUCCAGAAUGUGGCCAAGGAGGGCAUUAAGUUUGACGAGAGCGACAAGGCCAAGGAGACCAGGGAGGUCCUGGAGAAGGAGUACGAACCCCUCACCACCUGGAUGAAGGACAGCGCCCUCAAGGACAAGAUUGAGAAGGCUAUCCUGUCCCAGAGGCUGACCAAGUCUCCCUGUGCCCUGGUAGCCAGCCAGUACGGCUGGUCUGGUAACAUGGAGAGGAUCAUGAAGGCACAGGCCUACCAGACAGGAAAAGACAUCUCCACAAAUUAUUAUGCAAGCCAGAAGAAAACAUUAGAAAUCAACCCAAAGCACCCUCUCAUCAAGGACAUGCUGAAACGCAUUUCUACUGAUGCCGAGGACCAGACUGCCUCAGACCUGGCCAUGGUGUUGUUUGAGACGGCCACGCUGCGUUCAGGCUACCAGCUUCAAGACACCAAGGCCUAUGGAGACAGGAUUGAACGCAUGCUGCGGCUCAGUAUGAACGUAGAUCUCAACGAACAGGUUGAGGAGCCAGAGGAGGAGCCUGAAGAGGCGGCAGAGGCUGAGGAAGAAGAGGAAAUACAAGAUGAGGAUGAAAUAUACAUUUUAUUCGUAUUUCUCAUAGAUUUGACAUCAGGAAUGAGUAUAGAAAUUCCUGAAGGAUUGACGGAGCUGUUGCAGAGCUUUACCGUGGAAGUGCUGAGGAAUCAGCCGGGAGAUUUGCUCGAGUUCGCUUUGCAGUAUUUCACCCAACUGAAGGACAGUGAAAUUAGAGGAGCCGCGUUUGGCAAUGACCAAAAUUCGGCCACGAGACCCAGUGGGAAAGCGGUCAAUUUCAUUGAGGAAGCCAUGCAGAUUGAUUCUGAAAAUGGAGAGGAGGAGAGUGACGACGAGGAAUUCACAGCUCCUGUGAUGAGUCGAUUUAUUAGAAGAGCAUCAGUGUGUGCCGAGGCAUUCAACCCUGAUGAAGACGAGGAGGACAAAGAGCAAAGGCUUUCCCAGGUGACCCACCCUAAAACAGACGAGCAGAGGCAAAGACUACAGGAGGCCUGCAGAGAUAUCCUCCUGUUUAAAAACCUGGACCCGGAACAAUUUUCCCAAGUACUUGAUGCCAUGUUUGAGAAGUUCUUUGAGGUAGGAGAGCACAUCAUAGAUCAAGAUGACGAUGGGGAUAACUUCUAUGUCAUAGAAAGAGGGAUAUUUGAUAUCUGCAUGAGGGUUGAUGGCAUUGAGAAGACUGUGGGAGCCUAUGAUAACCGGGGGAGCUUUGGAGAGCUGGCCCUGAUGUACAACACCCCCAGGGCUGCUACCAUCAUAGCCACCUCGCCCGGAGCUCUCUGGUGCCUGGAUCGUCUGACAUUCAGGAGGAUCAUUGUAAAGAACAACGCGUUGAAGAGGAGACUUUAUGAGGAGUUCAUUGAAUCACUUCCAUUCCUUACAUCACUAGAGCUUUCAGAGAGAAUGAAAGUAGUGGACGUGCUGUCUUCUAAACCAUUCAGCGAUGAAGAACAGAUCAUCUCUCAGGGUGAUCUAGCAGAUUGUUUUUAUAUAGUUGAAUCUGGUCAAGUUAGAAUCACCAUGAAAAGAAGCAGGACGAAAAAAGACCAAGAGGAUGAGGAGGUCGAUAUAGCCACGUGCUCAAGAGGGCAGUACUUUGGAGAACUGGCUUUGGUCACGAACAAACCCAGAGCUGCUUCAGCUUUUGCUGUGGGAAGUGUUAAAUGUUUAGUUAUGGAUGUCCAGGCAUUUGAGAGGUUGCUGGGCCCCUGCAUGGACAUCAUGAAGAGAAACAUUGCAAAUUACGAAGAUCAGCUGGUCACGUUGUUUGGAAAUAGCACCACUGACAUUGAGGGAAAAAACCUAUGAAAUCCAGAAAGGGAAAAAAGACUAAGUGAGAUGCACUAUGAAGAAGAAUUGAAAAACCAGGAUAACACUUUACUUGACACCCAGCAUCAUAACAUGUUAUGACAUGGUCAUAAACAUGUCAUAUGUCAUAAAAGCUGACAUAACAUGUAAUAACAUGAUCAUAAUACUGUCAUGACCCAUAUAGUUACACCUGUUGUGACAUAUAUUGCGUUAUUUUAUGACUGGUUAUGACACCUACAUCAGAAUGUUUUUGUUUUUUCCCUGCCAAGAAGCUUCCUUUUUUUUGCAGAAAAUGCACUUUGACACUGUAAUGAAGCAUUAUGCCCAUCUUGUGUCACUUUAAUCGGACUAAGAAAAUACUCUUUAUGUCCCUGUGAAGAAGAAUUAUGACUAUCAUAAUCAUAUAAGCCAGAAAGGCCUAUCACGUACAUGCCCUUAUGUCAGUCAUCAGUCAAAGGGGUGUCUUGUCCUGCUCCUGUAUUCAUCUCAGUCAUCAGCAACAGAGCAUUGGGUAGGGAUGUCUGACAUCAAUGUGUGGACAGUUACAAUGAUAAUUUAAUAUGGUCAAUUUCAUAAAAUGUUAUAUAACAUAAACAUACUGUUGACAAGUAAGCUAUGGUGUAAUGGAAUGUUUUGCCUUGUGUGGUAGGUUUUGUGGGUUUUAAACACUCUUAUGUAGGUGUCAUAACCAGCCAUAAAAUAAUGCAAUAUAUGUCACAACGGGUCUAAAUAUGUGUCAUGACAGUGUUACAGCUGUUAUGACAUAAUGACGCUGGGUGUCAAAUAAAGUUGCCGAAACCAGUGGGUAGUAUUGUUUUCCGUUCAGAAAAUGUGAUUUAGAUAGGGUAAGACAAAAUGUGUACGUUUGAUUCCAGACGACACAAUGGUAUGUUUUAAAUGAUUUUGUCUAGGAGUAAUAUUUUUAUUGAAAGAAAGAUCCGUGUUAAAUCCAAAAUGUAAAUGUUAAUUUGUUCUGUCCUCAACUUUUUCCUCUUAGAUUUUCUACAAGUGUGCAUUUUAUUGAAUUUAUCACAUUUUGACACUGUUUGUAUAAUGAUCACUAUAACAUUAUAGAUGAUAUAUAAAUUGUCCUUUCAAAUAUUCUGAUAUCAUAUUUCAUAAUGUGCCAAAGGCCAUUCAAAUCCUUGUUAGAUUAUGAUGGUGUCAUCAUAACGUCACACUAAUUAUCGCAUUUCACAGUUAAGAGUUUUUUGUUAAUAAUUUGAUAUUCUCAUGUUGACGUAUCUUUUAGCAAGGGGGAUCAUGCAUUUAAUAGGAUACAGAAGGGAACUAGGUCCCUUUGUUUCAACAUGGUGGAAGGAACAAACAAUCUUGUCAUCAGAAAAUAAGGGAAAAGGAGAUCUUCUUUCUACAUCAGAGAAUGUAAAUUUACUUAUGGAAGCAGUAGUCCUUUUUUCAUAGCAAAUGUGUCUCCUCAAACAUGUGAUUCAACUCCCUGAACAUGUCUGUGAACAAACUGUAAUACAUUAUUCACUGUGUGCUUUAAGAAACAGUUAAUAAUGCCAUACAUUUGCACAACAAAAUAAUCAUAGUUUUGUAAGAAUAUAAAUACAGUUGGCUGACCAACUAUGAGCUCUUGAAUCCUCUAAGCUGCAGCACUAGACACUAGUUACCAUACCGGUAAUAUGGUAUUUGAACCAUUAUUGUCUUUAAUGAGCUAGUUUAUUUCCUUGUGUUUCUCAUUUUAAAUGUACAACAUUAAUUAUUAAAUGCAACUGUUCUCGUGUGCCAGUGAAACAUAAUAAUAUGCAGUUUUAAGCCAUGACUUCAAGGACAUUGAUAAGAUGUGUCCAAUUGACACCCUAUUUCCUACAUAAUGCACUGCUUUUGACCAGAGCCUUAUGGGCCCUGGUCCAAAGUAGUGCACUAUAUAGGGAAUAGGGUUCCAUUUGGUACACAGCCAUAGUUGUAUUGUAUUUAUUGCUGUCUACCUCUACAUAAAUUGCAAACAACCUGUAACUUUUGGAAAACGUGCACAAUGGUCCCAUGCUUUCUCAAUAGCAGCCUCUCUCGCUCUCUGUCUCUCAAUUCAACUCAAUUCAAAGGGCUUUAUUGGCAUGAGAAACAUAUGUUUACAUUGCCGAAGCAAGUGAAACAGAUAAUAAACAAAAAUGAAAUAAACAAUCAGAAAUUAGCAGUAACAUUACAUUUACAAAAGUUUCAAAGGAAUAGAGACAUUUAAAAUGUUAUAUUAUGGCUAUGUACAGUGUUGUAACAAUGUGCAAAUAGUUGAAGUACAAAACUGAAAAUAAAUAAAUGGAUAAAUAUGGGUUGUAUUUACAAUGGUGUUUGUGAUUCACAGGUUGCCCUUUUCUUGUGGCAACAGGUCACAAAUAUUGCUGCUGUGAUGGAUCACUGUGGUAUUUCACCUAAUAAAAAUGUGAUUUGUUUUCCAAUUCA